AUGGCCAAAGUAGACGACGUCGAAAUGGCCAAGAAAAAGAAUGAGCCGACCGGGCCCUUAUCAGAUGCAGACCAACCGCCGACAGAAUAUCGACCGAUAAACUGGAAGAAAGUGUUCUUGACGCCCAAAUAUAUACCAUGGCACAUUCUCAUGAUUGUUAUCAUUGUCAUAACGGCUCUAAUCACCAUAUACCACGACAAGGUCGUCGAGAUAUUACGACCAUUUUCAGAAAAAGUACGCGAUGUUCCCGCAGGCUGGCUCAUACCUAUUGCCAUCUUGAUCGUCAUUUCUUUCCCGCCGCUGUUUGGCCAUGAAAUCAUUGGACUGCUUUGCGGUGUUGUGUAUGGACUAUGGGUGGGCUUUGCUAUUGUUGCUGCCGGCACCUUUCUCGGCGAGGUGGGAACAUGGUUUGCAUUCAAAAGGGCGCUCAGGAAAAAGGCAGAGAAAAUGGAGAGAACAAAUCUCAAUUAUGCUGCUCUGGCACGCGUAACCAGAGAUAGUGGAUUCUGGAUGGUUUUCAUCAUUCGCUUUUCCAUCGUGCCCUCACAUUUCUCGACGGCCGUCUUUUCUACCUGCGACGUCAAGUUUUGGCACUUUUGCGUCGCGACAUUCCUGACCCUGCCAAAGCAGAUCUUUAUCGUCUAUUUGGGUGUAUUGCUAGUGGCGCAGGACGAGAACAACAAGACCCAGACCAUUGUGCUGGUCAUAACCUUUGCCAUUACCGUCGUCAUGGGCUAUUACAUUUGGGUCAAGAUGAAGAAGGCAAAGACGAUCUUGCUGCAGGAGCAGGCUGCGCGACAGACCAACUACAGCAUGGAGCGGCUACGACAGGACCAGGGCGCCAGCACGGCGGCAUUGACGGCGAAUGCGGCAGACGGCAGCGGCAGUGGCAGCGGUAGCGGCGACGAGAGCAGCGAAAGGACUAGCAUGAUGUGGGAGAACCGGUCCGACGCGAGACAGGAUGUUCCGCUGGGUUAUGCGAUGCGGCAGUCGCAGGAUAUCGGGGUGGCGCAUGGAGAUCCGUAUGCAUAUCCUCGAUACGAAGGCGCCACACCGACACCAGAAAUGUCCAGAUAUGAUACGGGCAUGUCGCGACCGGAGAUUUCGAGAUACGACACGGCAGAAUACCCGACGGGUCCAUAUCAACAAGUGGAAGUAAGACAGGCAGCGCCUGCUUACGCCAUGGAGCAAAAGCCGUAUUACCAACGAGCGGCACGGCAAGAGUCGACACCGACGCAAUCAUCAACAGACCUACCGCAAGUGGGCAGGGAAUGGGUAUAA